UCUCUCCAAGUUUACUUGGCCUGCAUAUAUUUUCUUCUUCUCUUUUGUGUUUCAUUUUGCCUCUGGCCUGAAAUUUACGCCCAGCACAACGCAAUUAUGGGUACUCAAGUUGAACAAACUGAUCAAAAGGACUACGUGCCCCAAAUUGUAGAUGAACAGCUGAGGAAGCAGAAGGAGAUUGAUGAUUGGCUACCAAUCACUUCUUCAAGGAAUGCAAAAUGGUGGUACGCAGCUUUCCACAAUGUUACUGCCAUGGUUGGAGCUGGCGUCCUCAGUCUUCCUUAUGCCAUGGCAAAUCUUGGAUGGGGUCCUGGUGUAGUGAUACUGGUGCUAUCAUGGACCAUCACUUUUUACACUCUAUGGCAAAUGGUUGAGAUGCAUGAGAUGGUUCCUGGAAAACGGUUUGAUCGAUAUCAUGAGCUGGGACAGCAUGCCUUUGGCGAGAAGUUGGGUCUAUACAUAGUGGUGCCCCAACAGCUCAUCUGUGAAGUUGGCGUCGACAUUGUCUACAUGGUUACUGGAGGAAAAUCACUCCAGAAGGUUCAUGAUUUAGUAUGCAAAGGCUGCAAACCCAUCAAAACAACUUAUUUCAUCAUGAUCUUCGCCUCUGUCCAUUUUGUUCUCGCUCACCUACCUAACUUUAACUCCAUCUCCGGUGUCUCUUUGGCUGCAGCAGUCAUGUCUUUAAGUUAUUCUACCAUCGCGUGGGCAGCUUCCAUCCACAAAGGACUCCAACGAAAUGUGGAAUAUGGCUACACAGCCCCAACUCCAUCGGACACAGUCUUCGGAUUCUUUACUGCUUUAGGUGAUGUAGCUUUUGCAUAUGCCGGCCACAAUGUGGUCUUGGAGAUUCAAGCCACAAUCCCUUCAACACCAGAGAAGCCAUCAAAGGGACCAAUGUGGAAUGGAGUUAUCAUUGCUUAUAUAGUUGUGGCUCUUUGCUACUUCCCAGUUGCACUUGUUGGAUACUAUAUGUUUGGCAAUGGAGUUGAAGACAACAUUCUUAUAUCAUUACAGAAACCCACAUGGUUAAUUGUAAUGGCUAACAUGUUUGUUGUCGUUCAUGUUAUUGGUAGCUAUCAGCUCUAUGCAAUGCCAGUAUUUGAUAUGUUAGAAACUGCGUUGGUAACUAAAUUGCAUUUCAAGCCCAGUACACCACUUCGUUUCAUUACUCGCAAUUUAUAUGUUGCCUUCACAAUGUUUGUUGCCAUCACCUUCCCUUUCUUUGGUGGACUUCUUGGAUUCUUUGGAGGAUUUGCUUUUGCCCCAACAACAUACUUUAUAUGCAUUAUACUCGGUCUCCUGUUAAUGAUUCUAUCACCUAUUGGAGGGUUAAAGAAUAUCAUAGAUAAAGCCAAGGAGUACAAGUUCUACUCUUGACGGAUCUGAGUUGCUACUUUCUGUGAAAUCCUGUCAUGGUUCAGGCGUGUGUAUCAUGGUGGAAUAAGAUGAUAACGGUGAGGCUGAGGCAUACUAAUAAUCAGCCAUCUUUGUUAUCAGUAAGACGUCUCUUGAGCAUUUGUUACAUUGCUUGUGUCUGGAGUUGGACGGCGCCAAGGAAAAUCUCCUUGAGGCUUUUACAGUAUAUUCUUUUCUUGUGUCUUCACUGCAUGUGUUAAUGUGCAUCGCUAUGUUCCAGACUUUGGUCACUGCAUUAAAGUGUUUAUACAGACGUGUUACAAUGUAUAUUACUACUUCAGUAUUACGCUGGCAUUUAGUUAACAAAUUUUUCUGGGUUCUAAUAUUAGUAGUGUAA